AUGAAAUUGAUUUGCACGAAGGCCAAUUUUUGCACAUCAAAAAGGUAAAGGGAUUUCUGGGAGGAAUUUUGAAGAAAAUUAUGUAAUUUUGGAGAAAAGUCAAAUUGGACAUAUCCAAUUGUCUCUGAUACAUCAUUCAAUUCAGAAUUUCAAGUGAAAGACGCAGACAAUGUCUAUCAUCCACGAUUCCACCAAAAAAUUACAGAAUCAAGAACUUUUUGUACAAAAAACCAAAAAACGUGGAAUCCUGGCAGUGUCUGCGUCUCUCACUUCUGAGUUGUGUCUUCUCGAAAUCCUGGCACAUUUUAGACCUCUUUAGCCUGAAAAUACGUGUACUUAGAAUAGGUUUCAAGAGCUAAACAUUUUAGAGCAAAAGUAAAAAAGAAAUUCUGAAUCGAAUGAUGUAUGUAUCAGAGACAAUUGGAUAUUCCCCCGUUGAAAAGCGAAUCUUCUCAUCGAUGUUUUUUCCAGCUUCCGCCAACUCAGAGAUUUGACGGGUCAAACAGUGACAAAAAACUUGAAGAAAGCUGUUGAUGAAAUCAAGAAAAGUAUUGGACAACGCAUUUUUGACAAGAAGAAUUAGCGGAUCCUGAUAAAUUGAUUUCGCCUAGCUGAUAUUUUUGUGAGUUUUUUGGAUGGAAAAUACGGAAAAAUCAAUGAUUCAAAAAUGUUAACAAUAACAAAAAACCCUAAAAUUUAGAAUUGUUGAGAAAGCUCUAAUUUUGAUAAUCCUUCUCGAAUUAUCAAAAUUAGAAAAGAAAAAACCCAGAAAUCAAAAUCUCAUUUUCUGAUGAAAAAUUCUCUGGAGAAAAUGUUGAAAACCCUUUGAAAUUUCUAGCUGAAAACAAGUUUACUCCAAAGUUUGGAAAGGGAUAAGCUUUCCAGACCAACAUUUUGCGCUGAAGAUCAUGGUUUUCAGCAUUCUCAUGAUUUUCAGCACAAAAUCUGGGUCUGGAAAUAUUUUUUCUGAAUUUUCAAAUCUUACUUUGGUGAAAAAUGAUUUCUGCGCUUGGAAUCAUGAAAUUAUUGAAUUCCGGAAGUUUUCAAAUGAUUUUUUUGAAUUUUCAGAGCCGCGAAAAACGUCGAACUCAACAAUACGAAAUUUGAUUCCCUUGCCAAGAAAAAGAGGAAAAAACGAAGAAAAAUAGCGGAUAAAAAGGAGAAAUCAGAAAGAUGAGCUCAAGGAAGACGAAAAACCGGUUGAGAAGAUUUUGGCGGAAAUCGAAAGCUUGUGAAUUAUCGGCCAGCCAGAAGAAGAAGAAGAGCUUGAAAUAGAAAGGUAGGAAGUUUUCCUUGAAUUUUGAGAGAAAUCGGAAUUCUUCAUGUUAACAUUGAGAAUUUUGAUGAAAAUAAAAAUGAUUUUCAUGAAUUUUUGAGCUAUGGAGCUCGAAAAUUCGAUGAAUUUCGAGCUCUAGAGCUUGGAAACUUGAAAAAAGCGGAAACUUGAUCGAAAAUAAAAAAAAUCAUGGUUUUUAUGAAUUUUCGACCCCUCCUGGAUGUUGAAAAUCAGAGAAUUUGAGAAAAUUGGAGCAUUUUGAGCCAUGGGCCUAGGAAACAUAAGAAAAAACUGAAUUCAUAUCAAAUUUUGAGCGAAAAUUCGAGAUUUUUGUGAGAAAAUUAGUCUACGAGUGCGAUUUUUGAAAUUUUGAGCAAAAAGUUGGUCUUGAAACGACUAUUUUUAAUCAUGUACCUUUGAAAGAUGAUUUUCUGGGUCCUACCACGAAUGAUUCUGAAAUAUCUGUGGACGUUGAUUCAGUAAUGAUAAUUUUUGAGUUUUGAGCUUGUGAUUUUUGGAUUUUUAGUCCAAAAAUGGGUCUAGGAAGAGGUUUUCUCAUAUUUUUUUUUGAGAGAAAUUUUGAAGAUUUGGAGUCAUGGAAAUUCACAAUUUUCGUGCAGGUAUCUUCAAAAUCAGAUUUUCUAGUCGUGAAACAAUAAUUUUUAGGUCUCACCACGAAAAAUCUAAGAAUUGUAAUUUUAAAAUUGCAUUGCUCAUGUUAUGCUCUGAAAUUACGUUAAAAUGUCGAGUUUUCAUGGAGAUUAGACAUUGCUCAUAUCAAACUCAACCUUUACUUCAAAAUUGGUAAACAGUUUUUUUGCGCUGGAAAUCUCAUUGAAUUUCAGUGAUUUUGAGCUUUCAACAAAGCGAAAAUUUGAAUAUUUUUGAUAAAAAUAAAUAUCGAAAUAUGAAAAUCGAUAUUUGUUGAUCUCAAAAAAGAAAUAAAUAAUCAGGUAAGUUUUUUUUUCCAAUAUUUUAUUUGAUCAAUUUUUAAUUGUGAGUUUUGUUUCAUGAAAUAAUAAAUAUUUUUCUCAAUUUCCAAUGUGUUAUGUAAUUUUUUUUUUCGAAGAGUUGAAUUCUCUUACAAGUUCUUGAAUGUUAGAAUUCUUGAAUUCAAAUGGAUUUCGAAAGGACGUGUAAAAGGUGAGAUUUAAAGGGGGAUUUUGUGAAACCGGGAAAUGUUUUUAAAAAGAAAAGUUUUUGUUUCGGGAAAUUUUGAAUCGUAGAACUUUAUACUUGAUAUUUUUUCUCAGAAAAAUCUGAUUAUUCAAUUUUUGAAAAUAAUUUUGGAUCAGAUUCGAAUGAACGAGUAAAUAUGAUGAUUUUGAGAUAUGGGAAUCAAGUUUACAAAAAAAAAAUUAUGAAAAUUUAUGUUAGAUGAUAUUUAUUUGAGAAAUAGAAGCAAAUAAUUUGUGAGAUCUGAUUGUUUGAUUUUUGAGCAAUUUAUUUUCAUCAACUAGAUUUUUGGUAUCCUGAAACUGAAGUUUCCAGCCAAACUCUUGAAUUAAAAAAUUUCAAAUUUUUUAAAUAUCGGAGAGAGUUUUGACAGACGGGAAUUUGAAUUUUGAUAAAAAACAAAACCAAAUUUCACUUUUUCCUAGCUUCGAAAACUUUUAAUUAGUCUGAAGUUUUCUGGUAAUCUUGAAAUUUCAAAAUUUUGAUGUCGAAAACUUCAGAGCACAUAUUUUGAAUGUGAAUUUCAUGAAAAUCUUUGAAAAUUUCGGAGAAUUCAUAAGUUUAUUUCAUCAAAAGGAUAUCCAUAUUUUUCCAGACAUUGACAUCAAUAUUUAUUAUUUUGAUGGUCUUCGGCAACUUCAAAUGAACAAGAAGAAUCUGAAAAUGAUGAAAAAAGAAGAUGGAUUUGAAGAUUAUGGAAAUUGGUUAGGAGUGAAUAAUUUAUCGAUUGGAACAAAUUGA